GCAAUAGAUUUUUUUUGUGAUCCAAUACAUGUCGGACCCAUACAUAUUCUGUUGAUCACUUUCAGACCCGAGCCUCAAGCAUUUUAAAAUAGUGUUAUAAAUUCGCAUGACAGAUUAGUUGAAUUGGUGUUAAGCACAAGGCGAAUUCAUGGCGUUCUCCACACAAAAAGAGUUCUUUCACGUACCCUUUAGCAAUGAGACAUACGAAUUCGAGUGUGUCGAUGCGUGUGUCAAGCUGAAGAGGUAUCCAUCCACAAUCGAUGACAGGUCUUGGUCAGCAAAUGAGGAUAAGAAGUCGCAGUUUGUGGCCGAUCUGGUGGCCUGCAAUUCACCGAUAAAGAAGGAGCGUGGUGGCGAGCCUACCGCUAGAACUCCAUUGGGUCCGGAGGAUGAGUACGGCAGCAACUUGGUGGUGGGCGAUAGUUUGAUAAAUGCCGCGGACGACACAAUUGGCCGCAUGCAGGAUCUGAUGAUCAAGAAUAACAUGCUGCAGAAGAAACUGGCCGACUCUGAUGACAAAUUGAGGACAGCCAACCAGGAGACCGACGAGAUCAAGCGGAUUAUGGACCAGCGCUAUGACCCGGACAAGAGCAAGGCUCUGAAAAAGAAAAUCAAGCAGCUGGCCGAUGACAAUAAGAUAACUCCGCAGGACGAGAAGGAACUGAACAACCUGCAGGCGGCCAUUGACGACAUGAACAAGGCACACGACAUCCUGGAGGCUGAGAAUGCCAAUCUGAAGCGACUGAUUGAAAAACAAUCGAAGCGCUGCAAGAUGGAUAGCAUUCCAAUCGAUCCGGAAAAGAGCUACGACGUCCCUUACCUGCAAAAGAAGAUCGACGAUUUGGGUAAAGAGGUGGCGCUACUGCGUGAGUUUGAGGACGAAGUUAUGAAGCGCUGCGCCAAAAAGUGUGGUGCCGAGGGUGGUGGUGGUGGUGGUGGUGGAGGUGGAGGUGCUGGUCCUGCCGCUAGGACGCGAGGUUCUCCUGGAAAGGGCAGUUUCUCGCCGGAUAAGGAUGCCGCGAACAUCCAAAAGAUUCUAGCGGAUCGUGAUGCCCUGCGUAAGAAGUGCAAGGAACUGGAGGAGCUCGGCGAUAAAGUCAACCAGCUGGAGGAGAAGGCCAAUGAGGCGGAGUGUCUGACAUGCAACUUGGAGGAUAAUCUGCGGAAGCAGUGCCGAUGCAUGGAGCAAUUGCAGUGCGAGAUGCACGACAUGCAGAACUACUACGAGAACGAGGUGGACAAGGCUAGGGGAAAUGAGGAAAUCCUAAAGUGCCGUUGCAAGCAGAUGAAGCAGGAACUGUUGGCAGCCAAAUGCGCCGUCCAGCGGGCCCAGUGCCAGCAAAUGGAGAUCGAUGUACUGCGAAACGAGCUGCGAAAGCGGGACACUGCCCUCAACGCAUACGACUGUCAGUUCCAGCAGAUAAUGAUGAAGGCCAAGAUGUUCAAGGCCGCCGGCUACCGCUUCCUUGACGACCUGCCACCAGACUGCACCGAAAGUUGCGUGGAUGGCCCCGGUGAGGAGGAAGAUGGAAACGAAGCCCCCUGAAGGCUUAUCUUACCUAUAGUUCAGAUUGUUUCAAAAUUCAAACAGCCAUUGAUCAAAAUCUAUAGUUUUAUCAAAUUAAACCAUUCAUUCAAUCGUA